UUCAUACUUUCUUCAUUCACUCUAGGAGUCCAUCUAGGGUUUAUGAGUUGCUUGUUCCUCGUUUCACUCUCCUCUUUCUUUCUCAUCUCUGCGAAUCAUCCACGCCCACUCUACUGAUCACAAACCAAACAAAGCUAAUCUCUUCUUCUUCUUCUUCCCACAAUGGUAGGUUUCGAGGUGGGAGCAGUUCCCUUCAAUCCGGACGGAUGGGGACCGCCGGACACACCCGCUCCGCUCCUCUCUAAUCACCCCAGUAACGUCCCCUUCGCUCCCUUCUCACGUUCGGAGAAACUCGGUCGCAUCGCUGACUGGACACGCAACUACAACCCAUCUCGCAACAACCCCCGGAACCCCUCAGAUGCUGUUUUCGAUUUUGCCCUGGACGAAUCUUCCGCUGCCCUUGCCGCCGAUGAUGAUUCUACUUUCCGCCUCGUCGACGGCAAGCCCCCUCCGCGCCCCAGAUUCGGCCCUAGGUGGCGUUUCCAACAGCAACGCCAGCUGCCUCAACGCCGUGACGAAGAAGUCGAAGCCCGCAAGCGCGAAGCUGAGAAAGAACGUGCCCGCCGCGACCGCCUCUACAAUCUCAACCGCUCUGGCUCUAAUGUUCCCCGUCGUGAAGCUGCUGUCUUCAAGUCAUCCGUCGAUAUUCAGCCGGAAUGGACCAUGCUUGAUCAAAUCCCGUUCUCUACAUUCUCAAAACUGUCUUUCUCAGUUCCGGACCCUGAUGACCUCCUUGUUUGCGGUGCUCUCGAAUUCUAUGACCGAUCCUAUGACCGUGUUAAUCCUAAGAACGAGAAACGUCUGGAGCGCUUCAAAAACCGCAACUUCUUUAAGGUUACUACCACCGACGAUCCCAUCAUCCGCCGCCUUGCCAACGAGGAUAAAGCAACUGUCUUUGCUACUGAUUCGAUUCUUUCGACUCUGAUGUGUGCCCCCAGAUCGGUUUACUCCUGGGAUAUUGUCAUUCAGCGAGUUGGGAAUAAGUUGUUUUUCGAUAAGAGAGAUGGUUCGCAGCUUGAUCUGCUUUCUGUUAAUGAGACAUCGCAGGAGCCACUGCCGGAGGCCAAGGAAGAUAUUAAUUCUGCAUAUUCUUUGAGUGUCGAGGCUGCUUAUAUUAACCAGAAUUUCUCACAGCAGGUUUUGGUUAGGGAUGGGAAUAAGGUGACCUUUGAAGAGCCAAAUCCAUUUGCUGCUGAAGGGGAAGAAGUUGCUUCUGUUGCUUAUCGCUACAGGCGGUGGAAGCUUGACGAUGACAUGUAUCUUGUUGCACGGUGUGAGGCCCAGAGUGUCUCAGAUGUGAAAGGGCAGAGGUCUUUCUUGACUUUGAAUGCGCUCAAUGAGUUUGAUCCCAAGUAUUCGGGAGUUGACUGGAGGCAGAAGUUGGAGACACAGAGAGGAGCUGUGCUGGCUACUGAACUGAAAAACAAUGCAAACAAACUUGCUAAGUGGACUGCUCAGGCAUUGCUGGCAAGUGCUGACGUAAUGAAGUUGGGAUACGUUUCAAGAGUUCAUCCCCGGGAUCAUUUUAAUCAUGUCAUCUUAUCUGUGGUUGGCUAUAAACCAAGGGAAUUUGCGACACAGAUCAAUUUGAACACCUCAAACAUGUGGGGGAUUGUUAAAUCCAUUGUUGAUUUGUGCAUGAAACUGAAUGAGGGAAAAUAUGUUCUAGUUAAGGACCCAUCCAAACCACAAGUAAGGAUUUAUGAGGUUCCUGCAGAUGCAUUUGAGAAUGAUUAUGUGGAGGAGCCAUUACCAGAGGAGGAACAAGUGCAGCCCCCAGCGGAAGAAGAUGCUAACGGUGGUGAGGCUAUUGCUUCUGCAAAUGAAGUGGAAGAAAAGGAAGUUGACGCUGAGGCUUGAAGGAUAUUGAGAGGACAAAGAUAUCAUUACAGAGGAGGCUAGAGAUCUCGGUCUCACAAAGACUUCCAUGUUUUUCCUGUCAUCGGCCAUUUGUAGGAACUAGGAAGGGGAAUAGGGAACUGUUCUUUGUUCGUCUUUGUUUAUUUUUUUUUUCCUUUUAUUUAAGAGUGUACCUAAAGGUGGAAUUUUAAGAGAACUGUUAAAUUUUGGUUCAUUUAUCAAGUUUAUGUUGUAAUUUUGCAAGAUAUAUUAGCCUUAUUCUAUAGUUCUCUCUUCGUUAA